GGGGGGACGGACGUUCCCGGUUACUCGGGAGGGAGAGGCUCUCUCCGCCCUCGGUUCCUUCAGCCCAGCCCUUCGCGGAGGUGCAGAAUAGAAGAUGAAUAAUCUUUCAUUUGGUGAACUAUGUUGCCUCUUCUGCUGUCCACCCUGCCCAGGGAAAAUUGCUUCUAAAUUAGCAUUUUUACCACCUGACCCUACUUAUACUCUGAUGUGUGAUGAAAGUGGAAGUCGCUGGACCCUACAUCUUUCAGAAAGAGCAGACUGGCAGUACUCUUCUAGAGAAAAAGAUGCUAUUGAGUGUUUUAUGACUAGAACCAGUAAAGGUAACAGGAUUGCCUGUAUGUUUGUGCGUUGCUCGCCCAAUGCCAAAUAUACUUUACUCUUUUCACAUGGAAAUGCUGUUGACCUUGGUCAGAUGAGCAGUUUUUACAUAGGACUGGGUUCACGGAUUAAUUGCAAUAUAUUUUCAUAUGAUUAUUCUGGAUACGGAGCAAGUUCUGGGAAACCAACAGAGAAGAACCUUUAUGCAGACGUUGAUGCAGCUUGGUUGGCUCUUAGAACAAGGUAUGGUAUCCGCCCUGAAAAUGUGAUUAUAUAUGGCCAGAGUAUAGGAACAGUACCAUCUGUGGAUCUUGCUGCCCGUUACGAGAGUGCUGCUGUCAUUCUUCAUUCCCCUCUGACCUCAGGAAUGCGGGUAGCUUUUCCAGAUACUAAGAAGACUUACUGCUUUGAUGCAUUCCCAAACAUUGACAAAGUCUCUAAAAUAACCUCACCAGUGUUAAUAAUUCAUGGAACUGAAGAUGAAGUCAUUGACUUUUCACAUGGCCUCGCAUUAUUUGAACGCUGCCAAAGACCUGUGGAGCCUCUCUGGGUUGAAGGAGCAGGUCACAAUGAUGUGGAACUUUAUGGACAGUACCUUGAACGAUUGAAACAGUUUGUGUCACACGAACUAGUGAAUUUGUAAAUUACUUUGUAGAUUUGCACACUGUGUUUUGUUUUGAUGCUGAACUGGACACCUUGGUAAAUAACAUAAAACCUGAAGGUUUUGUUUGCAAAUCAUGUUAGUUGCCUUCAUAAAUGUACAGGUAUGAUUUGUUAACAGAAUUAAUGAAGGUUUUAACUACCAGUGUAAAACUGGAAAUAACAGUAUCAUGCAGUCAAGCUGUGUAAUUUAUAUAUUUUAUGUGAAUUUUUUUUAAAAAAGAAACAAAAACCACCAAGAUGAGUACUGUAUGAAAUUUUAAUUCUGUAAAAAAUCAAAUGCUGUAAAAAUAUUGCCAAAUGCUUUCACAUACCAGAAAUGAAUUUAUAAAUAUUUUUUAAAACAUCUCAAUGUAUUAACCCUUGUUGCACUAAUGUAAUAUUCUUUCAAAAAAUGUACAUCUAAAAAAGUGCAAAUAGUCGUGUUAAAAUAAAUUGUAGUAAAUACUAUGAGAACAUACUAGUUCUUAGAGUUGACCGAGACCCUGUUGUGCAGGGUUAAUGGUUAAAAGUUAUUUGUUUCCAUUUUUGUAUCCGUAUCCUAAUGGCUAAUCUUACAUUUUCUAUUUUUGUUCAUGACAGUGUUAGGCUUCAUUUUUGCCCCUUGUGUAUUAAUUUACCAACUGGUUACUUUAUAAAGGGAAAGUCACGGAUAACACUGAAUUUUAACUGGCUUUGAGUCACGAGAUCAGUACCAUGAGGCAACUGUUUAAAUUCUCAUAUUAGAAAUUUCGAAGAUGUUAGAAUAUCUAGAAUGAUUUUUUUAAACCUUUGAAUGAUUGUGUAGAAAUGCAGUACUCUUAAUAGUAUGGAAACCUGAAAGUUCAUUUAGUUUUGUUUUAUUCAGUAUCACAUGCAGAUUUGCUGCUGUGCCCCAUUCAGGUUUCCUUUGGCUGUUUUUGAAGUAUAGAACCUCUGGUUUUGGCUGCCAUCUGAGAAUAUUACUAACUUACUCCUUAGUAGAAGAGAAAGAAAAGAGAACAUUAACACUUUUGUAUUAACUAAUGUAGUUUAAAAAAAAAAUGCAGAAAAACAAAACUGUAAGUUGCCUUUUCCUUGGAUGAAUCUUGCCUGAAUAAAACUAUGAAAGAAAAGUACAAAUAAAAUUAAUGGUAUGUAGUCUAAUUUGUAAAUGAAUGAAUAUUGAAAUAAUACACACUGUGGUUAUAUUUUAAGGCCUUAUGUAGUUUUAAUUGUUCUGCUUGUUCUGUGGUUAUGUCUAAGAUUAUUGUAUAUGAUUCCCUUAAAAGUAUAUCAAGUAUUGUGAAUGCUUUGGUUUAGAUGUGUCAGAUUAACAGUAAAAUAGCAAAUAUCCCAA